AUGGCUUUCUUAGAUCUGCUGGAUAAUAUUGGAGGCCUAGGACUCUUCCAGUUGCUAAAUGCAAUUCUACUGACUAUUCCAGGCUUCCUUACAGCUUGCCAUGCCCUUCUUCAGAACUUUUCGGCUGCAAUUCCAGAUCACCACUGUCGAAUUCCAAACCAGACAAGUACAGUUAGCCACUGGACUUUCUCCUUUUCUGAACUCAGUAAUAAAUCUAUUUUAAAGGCUUUUAUACCUUUAGAAAAAAACAAUAAUCCUAGCAAAUGUGAAAGAUAUCUCAACCCUCAAUGGACUCUAUUAAUAUUGAACGAAACCACUCAUCAUAAAAUUAAUCAGACAACUGAAAAGUGCCAAGAUGGAUGGGAUUAUGACAGGCGUGAAUUUUUAGAAACAAUUGUUUCAGAGUGGGAUUUGGUUUGCAGCCGAAAGCCUUUAAAGCAGAUGAGCCAGACUGUCUACAUGGGAGGUGUACUCGCUGGAGCCAUCAUUUUAGGCAGGCUUUCAGACAAAUUUGGCCGCAGGAGAGUACUGACUUGGUCAUACUUUUUGCUUGCUGUUUCUGGAACCUCCACGGCUUUCUCUCCAUCAUACUUUGCAUUUUGCUGUUUCCGGUUCCUGUGUGGCCUAGCUGCAGCUGGAAUUACCCUCAAUGCAGUAUCCCUUAUGAUGGAAUGGAUUCCUACCAAAUCACGUGCAUGCAUUGGCACGCUUGGCUCUUUUGGCUUCACUGCUGGACAGCUGCUACUGGCAGGGAUUGCAUAUAGCAUCCGAACAUGGAGGAAACUGCAGCUGUCAAUUUCUGUGCCUUUCUUCUUCUUUUUUGUAUGCAGCUGGUGGAUUCCUGAGUCUGCUCGCUGGCUUGUCCUGAACAAUCACUAUGAUAAAGCUGUGAGAGAGAUCCAGCGAGUGGCCAGAAUUAACCAUCUUCCAGAAGAGGGGAAGAAGAUCACUGUGGAGGUGCUACAUAUGCACAUGGAUAAAGAAAUUCACGUGAAUAAGACAUCUCAUACACACUUUGAUCUUGUACGCAUACCACAGCUAAGGAAAAUUACCAUUUGCCUUAUGAUACUUUGGUGUUCAUGCAGUCUAGGAUACUACGGCUUGGUUAUGGAUCUGCAGAAAUUUGGACUAAGCAUGUAUUUGGCUCAAAUCAUCUUUGCAUUAAUGGACUUCCCUUCCUUGUUCAUCAACUUGACCUUAUUAAAUUUACUUGGACGCCGAAUUACCCAGGGAGGAAUGCUUAUUAUAGCAGGCGGUGUGGUACUUGCCAUUAUCUUUGUACCUGAAGACAUGAAGAUUCUACAGACAGUUUUAGCAAUGAUUGGAACAGGCUUCAUGGGUGCCGCCUUCACAAGUAUAUAUAUCUACACUGGGGAGCUAUAUCCCACCGUGAUCAGGCAAACUGGAAUGGGAUUUGGCUCUACAAUGGCUCGUAUUGGCUCAAUGUCAGCACCAGUGGUUCUCAUGCUUGAUGAAUAUUUUUCUUAUCUCCCUUCCAUUGUAUUUGGAAUUAUUCCUAUAUUUGCUGGAUUUUCUGCCUUCAUGUUGCCUGAGACACUGAACGUACCCUUGCCUGACACAAUAAAAGAUGUUGAGCUACAAAUGUCAAAGAAAAAAGAAAAUUUAAAUGAACUGCAAAAGGAUUCACUCAGCCUUCAGGAGAUCAAAGUAUCAGUCAUAUCCCAUUACUUAUAAUGCUGCUUCUUUCAUG